AUGGGGCCAGAUCAAGGGUCCUGGUUCCAGGCCUGUGAUCAGACUAACAUCUCCUGCAAGAAUGUGAAGGGGAAGCUAGUAGAGGUAGGCAAAUGGCCAUGGCAGGUGAGCAUCUUAUUCCUGGGCGCGAACAACUGCAGCGGCUCCCUCAUCCACCACCAGUGGGUCCUUACAGCUGUGCACUGCUUUCAGAGAUACAAGGACCCCAGAUCAUACUCUGUGAAGAUGGGAAUUCAACGCCUCUCAGAAACUGGCACCGAACUCUCAGUCACUUGCAUCGUGAUUCAUGAGGAUUUCACCAACCUCAUGUAGGAUAUUGCCCUCCUGAAGCUCAGGGACUCUGUCUCCUGGUCCCCCCUCAUCCAGGCUGUCUGUCUACCUAACCCUAAACUCAAGCCAUCUCUUGGAUCCAUGUGCUGGAUGAUCGGGUGGGGACAAACGUAUACUCAAGAGACCCCACAGCCCUCCUACAGUCUUCAGGAGGUAGCUGUCAAGAUUGUAAACAACGAGAUCUGCAAUCAACAGUACAAGUUCCUCUUCUUGAAGGGCCAGAAGAAGUUAAUCGGGAAUGACAUGAUUUGUGCCAGCUUACAGUGGGGCAUGGACACCUGUCAGGGUAACUCUGGCAGUUCCCUUGUCUGCCAAGUGAACCACACCUGGAUUCAGAUGGGGGUGCUGAGCUGGAGCUUUAGCUGCAGCCGGCGCCGCUUCCCGGGCAUCUACACCAGCACCUCCUACUUCACCGACUGGAUCAAGAAACAGAUCAGUGACAUGAGGUUCGUCAGUAGGGCCAGGCCAGACUUCCUGAGCCUGGUCUUCCUCACUGGCUACAUUCUGCUGGUUUCCUUGGGCUCCCUAUGGCUCCUGUGA